CUUUUCUGAGACACGUUUCAAACACAAUGAUGUGCUGGAGGUGCUGUACGUGUCCAGUGACAAGAACAGGGAAGUAGUCGAAAUACAACGGUAGACUCGCCAACGGGCUGCUGCGCCACGCACUACGAGUACGGCACCACUUGCAACUCCAGCCUUGAUCGAGUAGUCGAGUUCAAGUUCUAUCUUCUGCGCUGCGCGGCCUCUCUUGCUGUCAACAAACUUGAAGUGUUCGUCACCUCAUCUGCUGUAAACUUUCGAGUUCAAGUUGACAGACGUCGACUGCAAGUAGUGGCAGCCUGUGACAGCUUCAUCCCGAAACCACGGGCAUCCGCCUCCACAACCACCGAUCCUACAACUGUACAACUGGCACUGCGGUGCCCGUCGCCCGCCACCCCUGCGUUCAGCAACGAACGCAUGCAACAGCCUUCGUUGGUUGACACUGCAGUUCACCUUGGAUCACGAAACUCUUAAUUGUUCCUCGAUCCUACUACUGCUCACGACUAUUCCGGCUACUGUCGUAUUCGCCGCAUCUGUUUACUCCAAGCGAAAUCAUCUGCUUUCCGUCCCGAGUCCGGCAAUUAACUACGCCUGUUCUCCAGCCUUGACCGUUUCUCGUUGACCACGAAGCCACUGAGGAUUUCCGAAGAAUCGUCCAUCAGCGCGUCCUUCCGAUUAGUCUCUCAAACCGACUCUAGACACGCCUUCCUUUCUAUCCCGUCCUCGCUCUUUCUCUCGCCCGAACGAGUUCUCCUAUCCCCGAGAAGACGGAGCCAAAACAAGAGACCUCCUAGGGAUGGUACCAGGCUGAAAGGACAACCGAUCAGACAAAAGAACUGUCUCCGAAGUCACAAAGUUCAAUCUGCAGUGGGCAGGAAGCGCUCAUCAAGGCAUCAUGGACACCCUAAAGAUCUUUGGUCGCCAGAUCACAGAUGGCACCUUUAACGGCAGCAACAGCGAUAACAACAACGGAGAUGAUUUCGACAACAAUUACUACUGGUGGUACAGUCCCACGGCAUAUGCCAUCAAAUGGGCCGUGAUCGCCACCAUCCUAGCAGCAUUGGCUCUGUACCUGGUCGGAGGCUAUCUACACGCGAAGAGACGUAUGCGAAAGGGACUCCCUCCCCUGGCUUAUCAUAGGUGGCUCGUUUCUCGUCGACAACGAAUGGCUUUUGCACACCAGCACCCGCAAUACGCCAAUCAGUUUUCCUUUUACAGAAACCAAAACACCCCCUAUGGCUAUGGUCAAGGCAGGCAUACUCCCUAUGGGUACGGCCAAGGACAGGCUUAUCCAAUGGGUGCUUAUGGACCACCUCCUCCAGCUUACGGCGAGCCCGACUAUGUGCCGGCAUAUACGCCUCCCGCUGGCAACAAGGUCGACCCUGACCAGAACUAUGCUCCACCGUCAGGCCCGCCUCCGUCGAAUGACGCUGCUGGUGCCUCAUCAGCGCCUCCGCCUCCCCCGGCUGACGGACCCAGUCCGCCGCCUCGUGCUCAUUUUGGGGGUUAAAACCUGAUGCGGGAAGCGGCAACGGAAACGAAUCCGGGCAUUACUGGCAGUUAGCAAUGUGCAGCGUUAAACUUGUUUCUUUCAGUGUAUGUGUGUGGUGCGUGGCAGCAAACAAAAAAGGCGUUUGGGCAUCCAGUGGCAGGUAUAGUAUGAUAGCGGCAACAACUUGAACAGCCACAACUUGAACAACGACGAUCUGGCUCAAUUCAAUUCCAUUCAAUAUGUUACACUACAACGCAAUACAAUACGUAUGGAUGGCUACUUGGCUCCGGGAUGCUGACCGCACAAUCUGUUAGCUGUGGUUUCGGCCCGUACACAUUUAACUUGCAAGAUAGUAUGUGUGUUCGCUCGGUGGGACCCAACUCGGGCCAACAAAUGAAUAUUGAUGGGAAUCAUGCACA